CCGAGCUACCUUUUGGCGCUGUUAUAACUGAAAUGGAUCCACAGGUGGAUUUCACAAGGAGCUCCCCUGGCGCAGGCGACCAGAACGGAGACAAGAGUCCUACAAAAUCCAAUACCAAAAAUGACUUCAAUAUCGAUGUUCAACAAUAUAUGAAUAUGAACCAUUUUGAGCAAUUGAUGGCAAUGUUUCAAAGUCAUCAAAAUGAGGAUGGAAGCUCUGGCUUUGAUAUCGACAAGUUUCGUGAAGUCUUUGGGAAAGUUGUGGGGGGAAAUCUGACAUACGAUCAGAUGACAAUGCUUUUCAUGAAGAUUGAUGCAAAUUCUGAUGGCACCGUGGAUUGGGAUGAAUUUUCAAACUAUAUGAUGACAGGAGCUCUGGAAGGUGGCGAGACACAUAGCAUUUUCGAUGAGAGAAUCAAGAAGCUUUUUAAUUCUCCGCACAAGGAUAUCAUAAAGCGACUCGACUAUAUUCCAAAGGAACGGAAGUACAUUAGCGUCAGUCGCGAAGGAUGUGUUUGCCUCUGGGCUCAAAAUUUGAAACUCCAGCGGAUAGUUCAUAUAAGAGAUUUCAAUCGUCUAUCAUGGAUAGCAGAUGCAAUAUAUAUACACGACCAUAACCGGCUUGUAACCAUCACGGAUGAUCGACAGCUAUGCGUAUAUGAUGUUCUUUCAAUAAAACCAAGAUUAAUCGUAACCUUAUCGCAACUGGAGAAUAACCCACUCUGCAUCGCAUAUGGUGGGCAACAUGAUGAAGAGCGGGACUUUAUCUUAUUCGGCGAUGAUGGGGGAUACAUCAAUGUGCUUACUUUCACACGGAAAUUUUUUACCGAGAAUGAAGGAAACGAGGAUUUGACACCCGCGAAAUUGGCGAAGAGAGAGAGUCUCAGGAAACAUAAUGCUUCUUUUUAUCGGAGAAAGAUUCACAAUGAUUGGGUAGUUAAAGUGCAGUAUUACCAAGAGAUCAAUGCAUUCGUCUCUUGUGCGCCAGAAAGUGCAAGAUCACUGGUCGUAGGCGACCUUGAGAGGAAAUCGAUACGAUAUGUCCAUGUGCCGAAGGGAAUUAAGGCGUUCGAGUUCUGCAGGCGGCCCAGCUUUUUGGUGACUGGAGGACGAGACAAAAUUAUCCGCUUGUGGAAUCCCUACGUACUAUCGAAGCCCGCUGGCAGCUUGCAUGGACACAACACGGCCAUCGUAAACAUCGGCAUCAACCACGAAGAGGGGCACAUCAUCAGCUUAUCAGAGGACAGGGUUAUCAAAAUUUGGAACGCGCGCAAUCUGAACUGUUUGCAAACUCUGACCGAAAAGCUACCACAACGAUCCGAUGAAUUGAUAUCCGUGAUGUUUUUCGAUUCCAUCAACAGACAAAUAGUCUUGGGAAGCGACAAACUGGCAACAUGGCCGCUAUACAAAACGUUCAGACACACCGUAUCACGCAGUCACGAUACCGGCGUAGUUGCAGCCAUGUUUAACGAAAAUUUCCAUCAGGUCGUUAGUGGCGCCCAAGAUGGAACGGUUUGCAUAUGGGAUCUUGCUUCGGGGAGCCGAGCCUUCUCUUUCCAUAAUGCGCAUGGGAAACUCGAAAUCACAGCCAUGUGCUUCGAUAGGAGCGGACGUCGAUUGGUGACUGGGAGUCGGGACGGAAUAGUAAAGAUGUGGAACUUUAACAACGGCCAGAUACUCCGUAAGAUGAUGAAGGACAAUCUCUCGGAGACUACUGAUGUUUUAUAUGUGGAGAUGGGAUCGAAUCGUUACAUCAUUUGUGUGGGAUGGGAUAGAAAGGUGUCCAUAUUCCUGGACGACCCAACUCAUUUUGAGGCCAAGCCAGUCCGCAUAAUGAAUGGGUCGGGAUCAGGUGCACAUCGAGGUCAUCAGGAUGACAUAUCUUCUGUAGCAUUCUGUCCUCCGAGUAUGCUAGCUACAAGUAGCGUGGAUGGAAUUAUAGUCAUUUGGAGUUUGGAGUCUGGCUACAUCAAACUCACACUAAGCGAGCCAUUUCUUGACUUGCGAAGUAAAGAGGAAAAGGCUAUUGAAAAGAUCCUCUUCCUUCAUCCUUUAGAAAGAAAAACGAAGCGAACGCGACCUUUAGCAUCUUGUCAUGCCGAUGGAUGCCUUCGAUUUUGGGACACGUAUGAGGGCACUAUGCUGUACGAGAUGAAUUGCCAGGUAACAAAAGAAGAAGGACUGGCGACUAUGGCCCUCAGCUCGGAUGGCACUCUUUUGGUAGUUGGGGGAUCCAAAGGGCAUGUGAGGAUUUUCGAAGUCAAUGUAAAUAGCAUGGUGACGGGUCAAUAUGAUUCGUUUUGCGUGAUGAAGAAGAGUUGGAGAGCCCAUGUCCAAAGUAUCUCAAGCGUUAACUAUGCAAACAUUCACAACGUCAUUCUUACUGCCUCCAAGGAUGGGACCAUUCGUGUAUGGACAGCAGAUGGAACGCAUAUCGGGGUCUUUGGCCAAGAUGACCCAUGGGUGCUGGGUGACCCAUUUACAUACCAAGAGAUGCCUGAGGAUGUGAAGCAGGCGUCAAGAAUAGAGGAGCAAAGAAAUCAGCUGCUAACCAAACAUCAGGAAAUGCUCAAGAAAAAUGUUAUAGAUACGUGGAGAGGUAUAUCGAGAGAACUGACAGCGACAAUGUCAGAUGACGGAGAACAAGGAGAUGAACCCGAAGGGGGUAUGACGAUGGCCAACAUCAAGCUUCUACGAUGUCGAGCAAUCCAGGCACAGGUCGUCAAACAUUGGACCGACCUCUACCGGAAAAGGAAGAGCGCCACAGAUUGGACGCUUUCCCCAGACCUCAUCAACCCCUCUGAUACGAAUAAACCUCAAUUCUUUUCUCUCAAAACGGCGCGACGGCAUCAUGAGCCUCGAACGUAUCCUAAUGUCAAAUAUGAUGCCGUAUAUCACAUGCUGGCUUACUAUCCAUUAAACGAGGUGCCGCCUUCCCCUGGGCCUGGCGCCAGACUGCGACAUAUGCACAAGCUCGACACUGUUAAGCCACAUACAGCACCACCAAAUACACGAAAAGAACGAAUGACGCCCCAAAGCGCCGGGAAAAUUCUCGGCGUGGGUGCGGCAGAAUGACCAGAAAGUCUAACGUUCAAGUAUAUGAAUUGCUUUAUAUGUCUAAGCCCUUUGCCUGUAUAUUAUCCACACUGUUAUAAUAGAUACACUAUUUCUUUCCUGCUGCAUCACCAGUCUUUGGU